CUUAAAUCAGCUUAUUAUGAAUAUUCUAUCGUAGUUGACAGAGCCAGUGUAGUGGGCGAAGUGCUGCGUAUGGACACGCCGUAAUACAUGUUGAACCAAAGUGUAGUGUUUAUAAACACGAAACGACGUGAAUCAACGGAUUUUUCUCAAGUUUGUGCAGUGAAAUGGGUGACUUCCGAGUGAGGGGCACCACUAAGGCGUACGUCAUUCUAUUCUGCGCACUGGUCAAGACUGUCAUCAGCACAGGAUUGGGGAAGUGUCCCAUCUACCCGCAGUUCCCGAACUUUGAUGUCCAGAGGAUGACAGGCACAUGGUACGAAGUGGAGCGGUCGUUCUACCUGAUGGAGAUAUCCGCCAGCUGCACCGAGCUGCAGGUGGCGCUUAAUGACAGGGGGUACCUGCUCAUCACAGUCAACACGCUUAACAGAUGGACAGGCAGUCCCUCGACGUCAUACGGCAUCGGUAUCCCGAGCCACAACGGUUCCUCAUCAUUCCGCUAUAAGCUGAACAACAGAAUGCCGUACAUCAUCGGACGUAUGUUGCCCGGAGCGGGGCAAUAUAACGUGCUGUUCACAGACUACGACACGUUCGCUAUCGUGUGGUCCUGCUCUAGCGUCAGCGUCGCGCAUUCCGAUCGGAUGUGGGUACUGGGGCGGUCCCGCGAGAUCGAAGCGCGUGUGCGUGCGCAGAUCUACGCCAUCCUAGAAGAGCUGCAGCUGGACCCGGACCGACUCAUCAUCUCCAAGAACAACAACUGCACCGACCAGCUCGUCGCCAAUGUAUUAUAAUUGUAAUGUUAAUAAUAAACUUAUAUACGUA